UCGAAAGGGGGCAGUGUAGAGUAGUUGCAUCCGUUUGCAAUACGUCAUAUCCGUGGUGCUCCAUCGUGGGGAGUAGCGCGAAGCUAACGAUAGUGUCGUAUAGAAAAAAAGACCAUGGCGGCGGACGAUUAUCCUCACGAGAUAGACGAUCAACUGAAAGGCUUUGAAUCAUCGGUGUUAACCGUCAAAAACAUGUUGGACACGCUUAUGUCGAUGCCCAGAAAUGAGUUGGAGCAAAAGCUGGAUCCUCUGGACCAGGCCAAACUCGAUCUAAUGUCUGCGUACACACUCAAUUCUUUAUUCUGGAUGUAUUUGGUAACACAAGGCAUCAACCCGAGAGAACAUGGCAUCAAACAAGAACUGGAGCGAAUAAGGACACACAUGAGCAGAGUGAAAGCCAUCGCGGACAAGAAGAAGGCGGCUCGUCUGGAUAAGGGCGCUGCUGAACGAUUCAUGAGGAACGCCCUCUUUGAUCCAGAGGACAAGGCGUCCAAGAAAAAAGCGGUGGCUAACAAAACGCCCAACGUGAAGCCAGCGAAGCGGCCAAAGAAAAGCUGAGGAGGAUGUUUUUGAAUGCCUCGAGCGGAACUCAUCCAGAACUGUAGCAAAACAUAUUUCUAAAAUGGCCUCCGUCAGUAUGUUUGUGUUCAUGAUGUUUGAGGAAAUGAUUAUGUAUUUAGAUGUAUGCGUUUCGUAAGACUUGUUUAGUAAAAUGAAAAUGUCUUUCAGGGCGUUAGAAUUUUUUUUUUAAUACACAAGUUUGAUGCAAAACGUUCUGAAAGUGAUUCUAUGAAUCCAGUUGGAUUUUUUUUUUCCUGUUAAAUCCUGUGUGUUGCUUCAAGGGUUGGCACUUGAAUUAAACACUUUGAUGUUAUGAUGUUGUUUCUGUAUUUAUUUCAUUUUUUUAAAAAAUGAAAGUUUAAUCAUGUUGUAGAAUUUUACCCCUAAUAUUCAGAGGCAUAAAUCAGCUUUGAGUAUGAUGUAGAGUUCUACACCAUUGAUGAAUUAUCGAAAAAUCUGAGGUGAGAGAAAAAUAGUAAUGUUUAUCAAUUAGAUUUGAGAUUAAGUAUCAAGUAUACAUUUCUGUCAAACUAUGGUUAAAGAGGCAACCAAAAUAGAAACUCGGUACAAUGCAAACAUAAUAAAAGUGAAUAAUCAAAACCAAGCAUGAAUAUUUUUUCUAACAGUUUUUGAUGGAGCUUUUGGUGUUUUUUUUUUUGUUUUGUUUUUUGUUUUUUUUUUGUGACUGUUGUUUGUAAAUCAGGCAGAACACUGCUCCCUGAAAAUGGUGCUCAUGGUAACAAUUAGGAGGUGCCCUGGAGGGGCGUCAAAAACUUGUGAUUAGAAAAUAGCCAAAUACAGUGUGGCCAUAAUGAGACUUCCUUUAAUAAUAACCUCUGUCACUUUUAAUAAAGACACAUGCACGUUG